GUGCUUGUUCCCGGCCCUCAUCUUCUUGUGCUUUGACCGCCCUACUUCCUCGACCGGGCCAAGGAAGCUGUGUACUUCCUAUGCCACCCUUCUUUUCAGAGCCUGAGGCAGUACAAAAGCUCGCGUUCGAUACCUUACCUUGGGAUGUCAUACUUCACAUCCUCGAUUUUGUGCCGCCUCUGGACAUCAUAGCACUGCGACGGACCUGCAAACUCUUCUGUGUUGCGACUCAGCAGCAUGUCGUCUGGAUACAUGCUUUACGGGCCGUCUGUUACGAGAAUAACCUCUAUGCGGACAUUUUCGCGCCCGAGGAUCUAUCUAGGGUGCACAUAGAGCUGGCUGCUACAACGCCGAGUCGCUUCAUACGGCGCGUCAAGGAAGCUACUAGUAAUCCUGACGCCAUGGACGUGGAGCCGACUCCCGUACCUGCACCCCUUCUCGAGGGCGAGGGCUCGUCUCGACCUCAGGAAACAGCACCGCGGAAGGAGCUACCAUACCUCGCGCCACUGUCUAUUAGAGCGCUCAACCUUCCGGCCAUCGCAGAAGCCCCUCUCUGGCAUCUCGCCGACGCCGUAAACGAACUUCGCCUCGCCCCCGGUGGGCGUUAUCUCGCGAUGAACCACUACUGGGAUAUGCAGAUCUGGGACCUAGGGCUUCAUGCAUACGACGAGCCGCGCCUUAUUGCGACCCAUACCUUCCCCAACAACGGCGAUUUUGUCAUAUAUGGUAUCUGGAUCAAGCCGGAUGGGCGUGGCUUGCAGAUUCAGACGAACUUCCUCUGCGCGGAUCCCCCGCGAAAUGAUCUCGCCAUCUGGGAGAUAUACCCUUCGGAGCCAGACCCUCAGUUGAGGCCCGUGGCGUCCCUUGUGCGAGGACCUAUGUUGACUUACGAGUGUCGGGGAGGGUCAAGGGUUGCGAUAUCCGAGGAGAACACAGUGGGCGUUUGGGAUCCCACGUUGAACACGCUCAUCACCUGGGUGGUACCCGCCGAGAUGGUCACUAUGCUGAUUAUCCAAACACGCGCCAUCUGCCUCUACAAAGACCGCAUUACCGUCUACGAGGUUCCAUACAUCAUCCCCCGGUCCGACGGCGUCCUCCAGGAAGAACAACACGAGCUCGCGCCCAUCUGGACCACCCUCCUCCCCUACUCCGUCGACGACUACUUCCUCCCCGCGAGCUGGCCCUACAGCGCCGACCGCGGCAUGCCGCGUAGCGACCUCUACUUCGGCCUCACCGAGGCCGUCCCUGCGCGGAACUACAUCUACCGUGUCCCCGCGCGGCCGCGCCCCAUCGCCGACGCGCCCGCCGUCGAGCUCGUCGCGGUCGUCGACGUCGAGGGCCCCGUCCCCCCGCGCCUCGACAACUUCCUGCAGCGCCCCGUGCGCAUGUGCGAGGGGCACCUCGCGCUUAUGUCGGAGCCUUCGACGAGGGAAGAGGUGAGGCUGCAGAUCGUGCAGGAGCCGAGGCCGUGGCAGGGUCCGUUGGACGCGUCAGCGGCGGCGGGUGACGAGGGCGAUAUUCUGCCAGGGCGUAUGCCGGGAAUGUGGCCGCCUGCAGGGCUGCCUGCACCUAGUUCGUCGGACUCAAUGGUCGUGGAUGAGAUCGAUAGCGCGCUGCGUACUCCUACCUGGUCGGUCGCCUUGUACAAAGGAGACGGCGACGUGAUUGAUUUCGAAUUCGACGGCGCGUCAGGCAGGGCAUGUGCUAUCACGGACGAGUACGAGGUACUUGUAUUAGAUUACUUACAAUCACCGGGAUAUCCGUAGCUAUACGGA